AUGACGAGCAAAAAGGGAGGUCCGAAUUCUUCCAGAUUGAAACUUGCAGCACCUCGCAGGGGUCUCAAAAGGCCAAGAAGUGUGUUUAUUGAAAGAAGUGGUUCCAAUGGUAGAAACAAUGAUAUGAGGUAUAGAGUUAAUAAAACAUCAAGGACAGACAUCUCACAAGAUACUGGACAUGCACUCGAUUGGUUGGAUUCACUUAUUCGGAAAGGUAGGGGAAUAUUAGAUUCAUUAGAAGAGGAAGAAACUUCAUUUAAAAGGGAAUUGGGGGAAGAGAAACAGAGGAUAAGGAUACAAGAACAAUUGAUUGAAAAUGCAUUAAAUGGAGGCUCGGAGGAUGUAUUUGAGAAGGAGAAUAUUGGAAUUGAUACAUCAUCCUUCAGACGGCUGGAAGACUCUGUACGAAAUACUAAGACGGAAUAUGAUGAUGAGGAAGAGGAGGAGGAGGAGGAGGAGGAAGAAGGGGAUAAUAGUGAUUUAUAUGAUGAGGUACAGGAUAUGCAGGACAGAGAAGAUAAGCAUCAGCCAGUUUUUGAACAAGAGGAAAUUGUCAUAUUAUCAGAUGAGGAUGAGGAUGAGGGUGAAACACAAAAACCUGAGAAGUCUGAAGAGGAGGAUUCUGAACAACUCUUUGGUGAUGAACAAGAAAUCGAUUUAAUGAGUUCAGACGAGAAUGUAGAAGAAGAUCAUGAGGCCAAAGAAGAUGAGUAUGAAGAGGAGGAGGCUCCCGAGAGACAGGAGCUUGAUGAAGAGGAAUCACAGGUCGGUUCUGAAGAAAUCGAAGGGCAAGAAGAAGAGAUUGACCAAUCAGAAAAGAAAUCCGAGUCAAAUGAUGAGCAAGAGGAGGGAUCAGUCGAAAUGGCCAAAGAUCUGGAAAGUAGAUUCUUUCCUUCUUCUACUCAAAGUUCUCAAGAAAAGUUCAAAGACGGACUCAAUGCAGAUACCCAGACCCCAUCUCCAGAUGAGACUAGUUACUAUGAUGCCAGUGAUCGAGAAGAAACUGAUAAUUUCGAAAGUGAACAUGAAAGCAUUAGAAAUCUUGAAAAUGGAGAUGAGCCAGUGUCCACCCAGGAUGGAGGCAUAAAUGAGUUCAACCUCGCUGGAAAUGAUGAGGCAGUUUUGAUUGACGGUGAUACAGAAGAGCAGGAAGUGGAACAAAGUCUAGAAUCUGAACAAGAAUAUGAAUUUGAAGGAAAGGGACAGGAUGACUUGGAAUUAGAACAGGAUCAGGAAAGAGAUCUCGAAGAUCAAGAACGAGAAUAUGAACAAGAGGAAGAACCCAGAAAUGACGAGGGAGAAUACGAACAGGAUGAACAAGAACAGUACGGAGAAGGCGAGCAAGCAGAAGAACCUGAACAAGAAAGUGCUUAUGUUAGUGCAGAGGCAAGCCUUCAAGUUCCUGACUAUCUCUAUGAUUAUCGAAUGAUUGCAAACCAGGCGGUUCAACAACUUCUACAAACUACAGAUGGACAAGCGGUGUCUUCAGAAUCAACUGGUAAUGAGUCAUUUAAUGAUACAAAGUAUGAAACACCAGAAGCUUCUGUGCCGCUUCAAGAAGACAAAGGUGACCAACAAAACAUUAAUGAGACAGCUAAUGAUUUCAAAGAAAUACCAGGAGUUUCUGUUCCACUUCAAGAUGAUAAAGGUGAUCAAAAAGAUAUCAAUGAGACAGUAAAUGGUAUCAAGGAAGAACCAGAAAUUGUUGGACAUAGUGGACGUAUAUUAGAUACCACUGGAAAUAGAAAAAAUUCACUUUUGGAACAAUUAUUCAAGCCAAAGCUACAGGCGGGAGACGCCAAUGCCUCUACUUCGUCAUUAGAAGAUGAUUCCACCGUGUAUUACUCGACAGAAGAACCUUCGAUUGUUGAAGAGCCAUCUGAUCUUAAGGCGGAUAACCAAACUUAUCUUUCUGCGAAGAAAACUGAAGGAACGAAUAAUGUUCCUUCGAGGUACGAGAUUUUAUUUUGCGAGUCAGCUUACAGCACUACAUCGAACGAGGACAAUGCUCAAGUCAUAGAACCUUUUGGCUCUUACGUCUCUCCGUUUUCAAAAGACACAUUCUCUACUACCCAAAAAGCGGAAGAUCCAAAGGAACUUCUGAGAAGAACUCUAGAAUCACUAGGGGAGAGUUUUGAUUCUGAGUCUGAAGAUGAGGUGAUGGUAGAUGCAAAUGAUUUUAACUCCAGCUCCAGUGAAGAAUUCUUUUCUCAGACUUCUGAUAUUAACAUAAAUGAUGAUGUGGAUGUGGAUGUGGAUGUGGAGGAAGAUGAAGAUACUGGAAAUGAUGAUGAGACAGUGAAAGGUUCAGAAAUAUCGGAUGGUAAUAACACUGAUACUACCGAUACUCCCGGAAAAGGGACGCCUUUAGAACGUUAUGAACAAAUCGAUAUUACUCAGGGGCCGGAUAUUGAUCCAAUUCAUUCACCAGAUGCUUUUGAUGAUGCUGAGUUUCUUGUUUUUGGCCCAAAUGAGCCAGAUUGGAUAGAGGAAGCGGAAAGUGAGCAAAGCAUUCAAGAUCAAGAAGGAUUGGUACUGGAAGAUGUUUCAUCAGGCGUAGAUCAGGAGGAAAUUGCAUUGGUGGCAUCGGAGCCAAUUAUUGAAUUUAAUUCGGAACCUCUGAAUUUCGCAGAUAUUAUUUUAGAUGAGUUUACCGCACCAGACCUAGUCGAGGAGGCAAGCGAUACAGAAUCUAGGGCGGAUAAUAUUUUACUGGAAGAAAUUGAAGAUUUACAAGCUUUGGACGUUAUUCAUGUUAUUUCUACGGAACCUAUUGUUGAGCAACCAGAACCUCUAUCUUUUGCGAAUGUUGAAAUUUUUGAACUUACUGAGAAUGACAGUGAUGAUACAGAUGAAGUUAUGGUGGAUGUUGGUCCAAGUUCUUUUGAUGAGAAUGCAAGCUUUCAAAUGCGUACUGAGAGGGGAUUUAAUGUUGGUGCAUUGGCUGGAAAUUCUAGCAGUGAAAGUCAUGAAUCAGAAUAUUCGGUAGAUGGUGCUGAAGAGGAAUCCAAUGAGCACCGUUCGGGAUCAGUAGCUUCAAAAAUCUUUUCGUCCCCAAUUCGAGCACUAGGCCGUGUCAUAUCUGGGGUCAAGGAUGUUGGUAACGUUCUCGCUGAUUUCGUAAACACUAUUGAUACCACUAACGCCCAGACAGACACUGAUGUCGGAAGCUCGUCUCCAGAAGAGCACAAUGAGGAUUCUCAAUCUGAGGCUGAACCUGAAGCUGAACCUGAAGCUGAACCUGAAGCUGAACCUGAAGCUGAACCUGAAGCUGAACCUGAAGCUGAACCUGAAGCUGAACCUGAAGCUGAACCUGAAGCUGAACCUGAAGCUGAACCUGAAGCUGAACCUGAAGCUGAACCUGAAGCUGAACCUGAAGCUGAACCUGAAGCUGAACCUGAAGCUGAACCUGAAGCUGAACCUGAAGCUGAACCUGAAGCUGAACCGGAGGCGGGACGUUCAGUUGAACAUGACCUUAGAAACUUUUUGGAUGAGGAAGGAUUUAAAUUGGAAUAUCCUUCCGAAAAUAAUGGAUCAGAAUUUACUGGAAAUGACAGAGAACCACUUUUUGAAAAUAACUCGAAUAACAAAGAACUUUUAUCUGAAGUAGUAGCCAUUCAGAAAUUGGCCCGGGAGCUUGAAAGUAGGCCAAUUUCAGCAUUUAGGGACAGUUCCCCCUCAACUGAUGACAAUGAAGCUGAAAAAGAAGAAAUUAAUAUUUCUGUGAAGAAUGAUAAUGAUCCUGAGCUUGACAUAGGCGAAGAGGAUAGCUUCCUAAAAUCUACAGAGGAUGACGUUCUUCAAAAAAGUUCUGGAAAUGAGGGAACAAAAGAUAAAUGCGAUAAAGAUGAGGAUGCAAGGGACGAUGUGAAACACAUAGAAGUGGAAGAAGAGGAUCUUGACGGAAUGAAGGAGAAAUACGUAAAAGACCUUCCCGCUAAUGAAGAAGGAGAUGUAAAAGGCCAGCAGGCUAGAGUAAAUCCAGAGGAAAUAGACAUCGUUGGCAAGCGAUCGAAUGAUGCUGUAAAAAGUGAAGAUUUUGCAAGUAAACGUGAAGGUAUUGAAAUUUACGAAAAUAAAGAAGUAGAAUCUGGGAAAAAUUCUUCAUCUGUACUAGUCAAACCGAUCGAAGUGGAUGCUAAUUACUCUGAUGAGGCUCCCUUUCAGCAUGAAGAGGUUCAUAAAAAGAAAGACGAAUCCAAUUCCCCGACUAGAGAGGUACAAGUGCGGGAUGAAAAUGAAGAUGCCAUUCAAAUUCCUGUAGAAAUUGAAGAUGAAGAAACCAAGAUCCCACCUGAGAACAAGGAUAUGCCAAAAGAGAAGGGCUCCGAACCUACUCAAUCAGGAUCAAAGAAGAAAAGAGGGAGGAAGAGAAAGCAUGCAUCUCCCAUUAGUGAAUCUAAUAAGCGCAAAGGUCCAGGAUCUUCUAAAACUCAAAAUAAACGUACUAAAGGCCCCAUAACAAGGUCAAGGACUACACCGUCUUCUACCGAGCGUAAGACAAGAGGGAAUACCCGCUCUAAAAAGACACGUUGA